AUGGAUCCCUCCGGCUUCGAGGAAGCUUUUCCUCCUCUAAAGAGUCCUCUCCUUCCUUCCACUACUGGGGGUAAAAAAUCAUCUCGCUCGUGGGAUCGCAUACUUUCCGGACCAACUUCUAAUGCAUGUGAGUUUCUGAUAUCUCCCUUGCCAACGGAAGAGGAAAUCAUCAAUUUCCCCUCUGAAGACAUUGUUGAUGCUGUUAAUGAGUGGGAUCUGGCACUAGUUGGCUAUUCUCUUGGUAAGAGACCUUACUAUGAGGCGUUGCUGAACUCGGUUAAAAAGCUAUGGAAUCUUAAAGGUAGUCUGAAACUUAUUUCUCUUAGCGAUGGGUUUUUUCUGUUCAAAUUUUCCAACGCGGAAGAUUACGAUCUUGUUUGGAGUAGAGGUGCCUGGUUUAUUUUUGGAAAACCUUUUGUCUUUCAAAAAUGGAACUCUCACUUUUCCCCAACACGUGAAGAACUUACUUCGGUCCCGAUCUGGUUUAAGAUUCAUGAUUUACCUUUAUGUUGUUGGACUCCUGUUGAAAUAUCUAAAAUAGCCACUAAAGUUGGUCAUCCGCUUGCGGUUGACGCUCUUACUGCUUCAAAAUCCAGGCUUACCUUUGCUAGGGUUUGUGUUCAAGUUGAUGACAAAGCUAUUUUUCCUGAAACUAUACCUAUUUGUGUUGAAGGAAAACUUUUUAACUUAAAAAUUCAGUAUGAAUGGCGUCCUACCUUUUGUGAAUUUUGCGGCUCGCUCAAUCACUCUUCUGCAAAAUGUUCUGAUAAUCCCAACCCUGAAAUCAACCAAAUUCCUAACCCUCCUAGAGGGAGAAGUACUAGCCGCAAGCCUAGACCUCACUCCUUAAACUCGAAAGGUCUUCUUCCUACUCCUAAUCCCUCUAAUAAGAUUUAUGUUACUGCUGGUGACCCCGAUAAAAACCUGGAAGAAAUUCCAGUGGAAAAAGCUCAGGACUUGAUCCCUACUUCGGCUUCUAUUCAUUCUGAGAUACCUAAUAAAAAUGUUUUACCCAAUAUUCCUGCUACCCAAAAUAUUGUGGUGGAUACUCCAAAUAAAGAGGAGGCUGCUCUUAACUCUGAGAUAAACAAGAGUAACAAAACUUUUGAGCAAGGUCUGCUGGCUGUCAAUUCUGUCCCGACUAAUAUUUUAGCAGGGGCAAGCUCUAACAUCCCUAAUCUUAAUUCUCCUACCUCUUUGACUUCUUCUACCUAUGUACCCAUGUUUCAAUUGGAUGCUCAAAAGGAGUAUAGAGUUACUUCUGCUAAUAAAUUUAGUGUGCUUCAAGAUGAUAAUGAAGAGGAUUCCUCUUCAUCAAUGCAAAAUGAGGGCAUGGAAGAUUCUAAAGGGUACUCUGCUAAGAACAAGAAAGAAACUUUUGGUAAUUAUAAUACCAAAAUGAUGAACUCUUCUGAACCUUCUUCAUACAGAAACACUAGGGGAAAGGGCAACCGUAAAGGCCCUAACCAAAAAUCCUAG